AUGUUCUCUGGACGAAAAGUGAAAUGGACUCACUUCGGUAAAAAGUACUCGUUACGAAUCAGCGAUUAUGAAAUGGAGUACGCCGACUUAUACGAUGCAUUUAUGAAGAAAGUCCACGAAGUCAGGCCUGAUUUCGAAGGAGCUAUAGCUUAUAUAGACCAGUACGGUAGGCAGGUAAUUGUUAACUCCGACAAGGAUUUACGAGAAGCCAUCAAUCAAUCGAAGGGUAAGCUGAAGCUGCACACCACUCUCGCCGACGGUCAGGUUAUCUCAGCAGCUGAAAUCGCCGGCAGAACGAAUCGUUCACAUAGCGUGCCGCCAACAGCGGAUCGUGGCUAUCACUCAUAUCCACCAGCCAAUUCCCGCUCUCCGUCAUCAAUGGACUCAGCUCCACCUACCUACCGUAAUCGAACCGUAUCACCACCUCCAGCGCCAAUCGCUACCCUCACGAAACAGCAACAAAUGAGCCCCGGAUCUUAUACCACUGGAAUGCAGGAUGCGCCAUUCAUUCGAUUUCCAUUCCAGAACACCUAA